AUGAACUCCGCCGUCUUCGCUCUUUUCUUGGCCGGUCUUGUCGCUGUGGAGGUGAGUUUGGCAAUGAUGUAAUCCAUGGAACAGGGCUGUAGAGAGUUCAUAAAGAUUUUGGAGAGAUUCUACGGAAAUAAGUCAAUCUUUUUUGCUCUAACUGGCUUUACACCUAUUUUCAAGUUAUCUAAAAUGCAAACACCAACUCCAAACUGACUCAUUUUAGGCCUGCUCCUCCGCCGGCUCUUCCUCCACCACAACCACCACCGCCGCCGCAGGCCGUAAACGUCGUCACGCCGACGCCGCCGAAGUCAUCCUCCACUCCAAAGUCCCGGUCGCUCAAAGCCAACAACUCAUCCAGAAGCUGAAGAACACCGCCGCCUCUCUGAAUCUGGAUGCCGAAAGAUUUGGCAAAGUUGAGCAGGAAGUUGGCUCGGAUGAGAGUGGAAAUGCUCAAAUCUACCACACCCUGGACGGAAACGUUGAUUGCGCUGAGCUGAGACUGAUCACCAAGAAGGUGUUGAGUCAGGUUGACGAGGUCCCCAAGGCCUCCAUCACUUGCCAGGGACAGAAAUUCCGUGUCUAA